AUGGGCGCUGAUCAAUCCAUUCCUCUUCUUCAAUGGACCUGCGACGAUGUCGCUUCCGGCGUCGCCUCCUUAGGUCAUCAGUACACUCAAUACACUCAAAUUAUUCGAGAUCAGGAGAUCGACGGGCCAUACCUGACAGGAGUCCCAUCUGAUGAGAUCGAUGAAGGGUUGACCAACCUUGGUGUUUCUUCCAGAUUGCACAAGCGGGUAUUAUCCAGGAAGUUGGCGGCGCUGCGAUCACCAGCAAGUCGGCGUCGAUCUCUCAUUGUUUCUCGAAGCAAUAGCUUCGACAUGCCACCUGCGGCUGGGCUUCGCAGAACUGGAACGCUGCCGUCGCAGAGUGAGAGGGAAAGACUGUUGCAAGUGAUGCAGAUGACUGCCGUCAGGGAACAGCGCGAACACGAAAACUUGUUGAAGAGAGAAGCGGCUUUGCUAUCACAAAUUGCUACCUUGGACUCGACUGCUGCCCACUCGUGA